UACAGGAAGAGGGGGGCACGCCCCGCUCUGGCCGUCGCGCACUAUGCUGCUGUGGCGGCGCUUGGCGGCCCUGAGGGGCGAACGAGCCCCCCGGCGGUUCCGAGCGGGGGGACCGGGACCGGGACCAGGACCGAGACCGAGAUCCGGAUCAGGAUCGGGGCUAACCAUCGAUGGCGGCGGUGCUCCUCGGCCGCUUUACAUGGAUGUCCAGGCCACCACCCCGCUGGAUCCCAGAGUCCUGGACAGUAUGCUCCCAUACCUGACAGCCUACUAUGGCAACCCCCACUCCAGGACCCACGCCUAUGGCUGGGAGAGUGAGGCUGCCAUGGAGAAAGCGAGGCGGCAAGUUGCAGAUUUAAUAGGAGCUGAUUCACGGGAAAUUAUAUUUACCAGUGGUGCAACAGAGUCCAAUAAUAUGGCAAUUAAGGGUGUUGCAAGGUUCUAUAAAUCCAGAAAAAAGCAUAUCAUUACUACGCAAACAGAGCACAAGUGUGUGUUGGAUUCUUGUCGUUCCCUGGAAACAGAAGGUUUUCACAUCACAUAUCUACCUGUUAAAAAAAAUGGGCUCAUAGAUCUGAAGGAGCUGGAGGCUGCAUUCCAGCCCGAUACAAGUUUGGUUUCUGUAAUGACUGUAAAUAAUGAAAUAGGAGUAAAGCAACCUAUUCAUGAUAUUGGUGAGAUCUGCCGUGCACGUAACGUUUUCUUCCACACGGAUGCUGCACAAGCGAUUGGUAAAAUUCCUAUGGACGUCAACAACAUGAAAAUUGACCUAAUGAGCAUCAGUGGCCAUAAAAUUUAUGGGCCCAAAGGGGUUGGUGCUCUCUAUGUUCGCCGUCGACCACGUGUCAGGCUAGAGCCCCUGCAGAGUGGGGGAGGCCAGGAGAGAGGACUGCGGUCUGGGACUGUGCCCACACCUCUAGCAGUGGGACUGGGGGCAGCAUGUGAAGUGGCACAGCAGGAGAUGGAGUAUGACCAUAAGCGAAUCUCACAAUUGGCAGAACGAUUGGUUACAAAAAUAAUGAGUGAAGUUCCUGAUGUGGUGAUGAAUGGAGAUCAAAAGCAUCGCUAUCCAGGAUGCAUCAAUUUAUCUUUUGCAUAUGUGGAAGGGGAGAGUCUUCUGAUGGCUCUGAAAGAUGUGGCUCUGUCUUCAGGAAGUGCUUGCACAUCAGCUUCUCUGGAGCCUUCCUAUGUUUUGCGGGCAAUCGGAACAGAUGAAGACUUGGCUCACUCAUCUAUAAGGUUUGGCAUCGGUCGUUUCACUACAGAAGAAGAAGUGGAUUAUACAGUGCAGAAGUGCAUACAGCACGUGAAGAGGCUGAGGGAAAUGAGCCCUCUCUGGGAAAUGGUGCAGGAUGGAAUUGACCUCAAAAGCAUUAAAUGGACUCAGCACUGAGAAAACAUUGCUAUCCAUGGACUAGAUAUGGAUUAAAACACAUUUUUCUGCACAGUCUUGAGCAAAUUAUGCAGCACUUCUGUUUUCUGACACUUGCAGUUUGACUGGAGAACUACAUUUACAGACCACAAGCUCUAAGAAGCCAAAAAUAAAACUAGUUUUUAACAUGGAGAAGGGCAGGCUAAUCCAACAUAUACUGUGCUUCUAUUGACACACAGAAAUUUAUGCUAAAAUGUAAUUUAUUCAGAAAUUAAUUUUCUAAUGAGAAAAUUAAAUCAGUGUGUUACUCCUAGGCCAGUGAAUUCUGGCAAGAGGUUGCUUCUUGGUGUGAUUCAUCCCAAGUCACUGUCGUGUUUGCACCACAGACCUGUUGCAAAUUUGUUCUGUUUGAGGUAGGUAUCCUGCAACAUCAGCUGGGUUUUGCCUCUCAAAUGCCGUGUACUGCAAGAAAUUCUCAGAUAGGAGGACCCUUGGAUCUCUAGAGGAAAGCAAUGCCUCAGUGUGGCUAUGUGCCUUCACAGAUAAGUUUUAUGUAUAGUUAAGAACAAUUUUUUCCCUGAAAUUUAGUAUUUUUGGCCUAUUUUCCUUGGUUUCUUUGUGUGUGCAUCUUUUGUGUGUGUGUGUGCAUUAAUUCAAAAGGUUCUUCUGUGUUCCAGAGUUUAUGAUACAAUCAUGAUGCACUUUGCUGUCCCCUCCAUUGGUUUUCUUCCAUGCAAUUUUUUCUUAGUGAGGUUAGAAAACUUGAAUGACUGGGGGAGGGGAUAGGCAGAAUAUGUCAGCUUUGGUGGCAGCACCAGUUUGGUGGGAGCAUGAGUGGUAGAGGUGGUGGGGAGAGCAGAUACAGUGCAAUGUCUUAAGGCAGUCUUGGGUUUUGGGUUUUUUUCCCCUCCCCUUGUCAUGAGAUCCUUGCUGUUACUUGGUUUGCCUAUGGGCCCUUGUUUUCUGUCGCUGCAAGGAGUCUGCCCAGCUCAGCCAGUAUAUUUUGACUGGACAUAAGAAAGAUAAGAACACCUGGCACUGAAGUUUUCUUUGUCCCACAGACUGUACUGUCUGACUAGAGAUUCACAUGGGAAUCCAUUCCCUGCACAUGCUGGGGGAAGUAUCUGUUAAAGAGGGUUUGAUGAGAUAAGAAACCCAACCCUGUGUAUGGCAAAGUGCCUUUUUUUCAGUGCAUAAACAAAGAGCUCUCAAAUUAGUUGUGUUGAUUGAUGGAUGCUGUGUGAGCUGCUGAAUUUGGUAUACCCCAUAGACAACAUGUUCACCUUCAGUAUUGGAUGGAAUCUACCUCGAGGAUCAACCGUGUUGUGUAAAACCUGAAGCUGAAUCUCACAAGAUGGACUGUGUUACAGAAGCUUGUGCAUUUUUUGUAACUAAGGACAGAUUUAUCUGUUUGUAAUGCAAAUCUAAUCCUUGUUCGUUCUAUUCAAAAUUAUGAGCUUUAGCAGUUUUAAUAUUGUAGUGCUGGCACCUUAUAUUUCAUCACAAUAUUUUUUAAAAUAGCAUAUGCAUAAAUACAUUUUAGAGGUGUUGUAUGUACUCUUUUUCAUCCUUGGGCCCCACAUAUUUUCUGGAUUAAGCAUGUGAUAACAAUCUUUCCUAGCAUGUUAGAAAUACAUGUUUAUGAAUUGUUCUUUGUGUUUUGAGAGUGAUAAAAAAUUGCACAUAAGAAUUAAACUUGGCUACUGUCA